GACUCUGUGUGCAGCAGAUGAGGAGGAGGAAGUCUGUCGGAGCCGCAGACUACGCUCGAUGUUCAGACCUGUUGCUGUUCGGUUUUCCAACCACUGUGUUCAGCAGCCAUGAAGUGAAGGAGAAACACUCGGCAGAGGUUCCCAGCCGCGGAAGAAGCUCUCAGUGAUGUCAACAUCUUAGACACAGACUGGACCUCCCUCCCAUCAUGGACUCCAAGAAGCCGGGCGUGCUGCGGCAUCUCCGGCAGAAGAUGCUGCCACACCUCCGGCGAGGCAAGACAAGUUCAAGCAAGCAGGCCUUCCAGCCCGAUCACGCGAAGGACUAUCGAAUGAGCUCCUCUGUCCCCGACAUGAGGGACAUGAGGGACAUGAGGGACACGAGGCAAGAGUACGCUCGGGUUCCCUCCACCACGCAGCUGCAGCAGUACCACACUCCCAGCUACAGCAACCCCACCACACCACUUGUCAAGCCGGCCAAACACCUGGUAAGAGGUGGGAGUGGCCUGAACAUGGGAGUAGCUGGUGAAGAGGAUGGGCGGAAUGAACACAGACUGAAAGUGCCUGCAGACUGCACAGACUGGGCUUCUUCCCAGGAGUCUUUCAACAGUUUCUGUGGAGAGGAGAAGAGCUCUGUGGAUACAUACAACAGACCUGUUCAAGGCAUGGAGGCCGAAGAGCUGGCCCUGCCGGAGAUGAUGACAAUCUACAGCGCAGACAACCCUUCUGUGGAGGUUCCACAGGACAGCUCACAGAGUGAGAUGGGCAACGAGACGGUGAAUGUGUCGGAGAACAUCAGAGAUCCUCCCAGAUCCUUUCUGCUCACCAUCAACCUGAAAGAAGGACACAACCUGGUCAUCAGAGACCGCUGUGGUACCAGUGACCCAUAUGUAAAAUUCAAAUUGGAUGGAAAAACAUUCUACAAAAGCAAAGUGGUUUAUAAAAACCUCAACCCUACAUGGAAUGAGUCCUUCUCUUUACCUGUGAAGGAUCUGAAUCAGAAACUUUACAUCAAGGUAUAUGACCGUGAUCUGACUACUGAUGACUUCAUGGGCUCUGCCAGUGUCCUCCUGAGUAAUCUGGAGUUUGACAAGGUCAAUGAGCUGUCUUUGCCCUUGGACGACCCAAACAGCCUCGAGGAGGACAUGGGCUUCGUGCUGGUGGACAUGAGUCUGUCACUCAGAGAUGGAGAGAGUAAAAGAAGCAAUAAGUGGCCUCAGAAACGAAAACUAAGUACUAGGUCGGGAGGGACUCAAAGCUUUCGACUGGCAGAAACCCUGAGGAAGAGUCAGCUGUGGACUUCUGUUGUGUCAGUGACUCUGGUUGAGGGUCAGGAGCUGCCGCUGGACACACAGGGAGGUCAGUUCUUCGUUCGCUUCGGACUAGGAGAGCAACGAUACAAAAGCAAGAAUCACUGCAAAGUUUCCAACCCUCAGUGGAGAGAGAGGUUCACUUUUAACCAGUUCAUGGACAGUCCCCAAAUCCUGGAGGUGGAGCUUUGGUCAAAGGAAGGACGAAGGACUGAGGAGUGCUUGGGAAUGUGUGAAGUAGACCUGUCCAGGGUUCCCUUCGAUCAAAGGCAGCUGUUCACACACACACUGGACCAGGGUAGAGGACGCUUGGUCUUCCUACUCACACUGAACACAUGCAGCGGCGUCUCCAUCUCCGACCUCUGCUCUGCACCACUUGAUGAACCACACACACGACAGAACCAGCUGGACAACUAUACUGUUAAAAGGACCCUGAAUAACCUCCGUGAUGUUGGUUUCCUUCAAGUCAAAGUCAUCAAAGCUGCAGAUCUGCUGGCUGCUGAUUUAAAUGGCAAAAGUGACCCUUUCUGCGUGUUGGAAGUAGGGAAUGACAGACUACAGACCCACACAGUCUAUAAGAGCCUCUAUCCAGAGUGGAAUAAAGUCUUCACUUUUCCUGUCAAAGACAUUCAUGAUGUUCUGGUGGUGACUAUCUUUGAUGAGGAUGGAGACAAGGCGCCAGACUUCCUGGGAAAAGUUGCCAUUCCCUUGCUUUCUAUCCGCAGGGGACAACAGAUCGCCUUCCCGCUGAAGAAAGUAGACUUAGGUGGGCUGUCGAAGGGGAACAUCACUCUGGAGCUGGAGGUUAUUUUUAACCCUGUCAGAGCAAGUAUAAGAACCUUCCAGCCAAGGGAGAGAAUGUUUGUGGAAGAUAAUCCCAAAUUUUCCAAAAAGGCUCUGUCCAGGAACGUGCAGCGUGUUCACACGCUGUACAGGGCGAUCACAUCCACUCUGCAGUACAUCAAAAGCUGCUUCCAGUGGGAGAGUAUUCAGAGGAGCCUGCUAGCCUUCCUGAUAUUUGUGGUAACCGUGUGGUACUGGGAGUUUUACAUGCUGCCCUUCUUCCUGGUCCUGCUCAUCUCAUGGAACUACCUCCAGAUCCGCUCUGGGCAUGUCAGUCAGGAUGUGGACAGCAUGGAUUUGGCAGAUGAAGAGGAUGAUGAGAAGGAGUCGGAGAGGAGAGGGCUGAUCGAGAAAUUCCACAGGGUCCAAGAAAACCUCAUCACCCUUCAAAACUUGCUGGAUGAGAUUGCGUGUUUGGGGGAGAGGAUUAAAAACACAUUCAACUGGUCGGUGCCAUUCUUGUCCGGCCUGGCUUUCCUGAUCUUUGUCAUCGCAGCCGUCCUCACAUACUACAUCCCUGUACGCUACAUCAUUUUAAUAUGGGGUAUCAAUAAAUUCACCAAGAAAUUACGGAACCCAUACAGCAUUGACAACAAUGAAGUGCUUGAUUUCCUGUCGAGGGUGCCUUCAGAUGUGCAGAAGGUUCAGUACAGUGAGCUGAGAGGCAGCAAAAAGAAGAAAGUCUCAUAGAACAUACCUUAAAAGGAAGAAGGUCUGUUUACUGGACCUGCUGUUUGUGGGCUUCCUACCUAAAAACACUUUCCAGAGGAUGGAGGACCUGCCAGAGCUCUGCACAGUCUUGCUUUGUGUCGGAGUCGCAGCAUUCAGCAAGGAUGAAUCUUAAUUCACCUGCUCAUAUCGACCAGCACCUAUACGUCUUUCAGCCAAAGAAGUCCUUACUGAGGAAUCUACAGUGAUUACUUUGCCACUUAUAUAACUGUCUGCCUGUGUCUGGAGGAUUUUGUAACAUUAAUUCCAAAGAUUUUAAGCAUAUAAAUCGAUGUACAGUUAACUCUUUAAAGUGAUCAAUCGGAAGCUGCUUUGUUUUAUAUUCUUGACCGCAGGUUGUGUCCUCCUGAAACCAACCGAAAUAUCAUUUUGUAUUAUACUGAAUGUAUGUUUGGUAUGUAUCAUGCAUGUGUAUAUUUUUACAUGACAUAUAUGAAAACUAUUACUUGAAAAUGGAUUAUUCUCUAUUUUAUAAAUAUAUAAUUGCUAGUAAUGCUAGAGCUGAAAGAUGAUGUAAUUGUUAAAACAGUAUGCGUUGUUAUAAGGCAUUUUUAUGUGCAAGAUCGCAAUUUUAAAUACUAAUGGUGAUUUCAGGUAGCAAUUUUCUAAAUUGUCAUGUUCAUAUAUAGCAAUAUAUCAGAAGUUAACAACAGAUGUUAUGCGUCAUAUUUUCUUUAAUAUAUUCACCUUCAACAUGGAUAAAGAACAAUGCACAUACAAUGAUGACUAAUUUUAUUUCUACAUGACAAUAAGGACUCGUUUGUACAUGUAAAGAUGAGUGCCUGCAUGCAGUUUUUAGAUUGCUUUCAUUCAUCCUGCAUAGAGGAUGCACUGUGUAUUUUACUCUUCGAUUGUGAGUAAAAUGGGACCUCCUCUACACUCUUCACUUUAUUUAUUAUUGACAAUCACUGAUGAAGAUUUUGUGUCCUUCAUUUCUAAUAGCAAUAAAUGUGCCCUCUAACACUGUA